GCUUCCAUCUUCGACGACUACACUGAGCUCGACAACGUCUAUAGCGCUCUCCCACUAAACACCGAGUCUUUGCUCCCACCCACCGCUCCUCCGCAACCUCAUAUCUCCACAAACAUGGGGUGGUUACCUUGGGGCUCGGGCUCUGCAGAAGAUGAUGGCGUCAAGAAGACCUCCGGCGGCGCGUUCGAAUCGCCUUCAAGGUCAAAUCGGAAGCAAUGCUACGCAGCACGCGAUGCCUUUUUCGAAUGUCUCGACAAGAACAACAUUUUGGACAGCAUAAACACAAAGAAUGGCAGGACAAAAGCUACAACAUUCUGCGGGCAGUUGGACCAGGACUUCGAAAAGAACUGCGCACACAGCUGGGUCGAGUACUUCAAAAAGCAGAGAGUAGUCAAUUACCAGAGAGAACAAACGAUCAAGAAAAUUGAAUCUCAGGGAGGAGAGAUUGUCGCACCUCAAUUACCUUUACCAGGUUCAAAGUAGGCUACUAGAGCCAAUUUAGUAACGCCACUCACGACAAUGUACAUUAUGUAUACUACGAGUCUGCUCAUAAAAAGGAUGCAGCUGUAAUGAUAGCGACAGUACAGGGUAGGAUCAUCAGUUCUGACCCCAGUAGCGACGACAAGCUCUUGAGAAAGCGUGACAGUCAAUCAGCGCACUCUUUCACGUAUCCGCAAUCAAGGUAGAUUGCACCCAGCAAGUGUGUAGCCGUGGGGAGCUUUUAAUUUCAAGGGCUACGAUUAUGUUGCAAAAUGUCGUCACUGGUCUCCGAAAUUUGAGAGCUAUCAACUUCUAAUCUGAGCCCGUCCUUUCUU